AUGCAGCCACGGGAGGGAGCGGCGCUACAUGCGACCGUGCAUGACCUCGGCGCGCAGCUGGUGUUGCAGGAGGAUACGCUGCGCAUUACACUUGAGUCUGUCAGCGGCGACUGGCUGCAUGUUCCAGUGGAGCUCGUUCUCGAUGCUAGCGUCGCAAUCCACGCAGAUGCAUGUGUCUUGACGCUGAACAUGCUUGCGCCAAAGCAGCACACGCACUCGAUGCUGUCGUGCUUUGGCAAGCGCAAGGUAAAAGUAACGCAUGUGCUUACGCGUGCUCAAUGGCGAGAGCGAGGCAGCGACCCCACCGUCGCGCGCCUUUUUUCGCUCAAAAUCAAAGCAAACGUACCCGUAGCAUCGCAUGCCGCGGCGCUCGCGUGGUGCAAAUCCUUGCUGGGACACGCAUACAAGGAUGUAAAACAAGGCCGUAAUGCAUUGGUAAUUUGCAAUCCAAAGGGGGGGCAAGGCCGCGGCGAGUCUCUGUGCAAAGCGCACGUCGAGCCGCUCUUGCAAGCGGCCAGAUGCACCGUCACCACCUACAUGACCCAAAAAAGACACGACGCAUUUGAGUACGUGUACCACGCAGACCUUUCAUCGUACCAAGUGCUUGUAUGUGUUGGCGGGGACGGCACGGCACAUGAAAUCGUGAACGCUGCGUCGGCACGUCCCGACGCAAGCGACGCGCUGCAGAUUCCAUUGGCAGUGAUCCCGACCGGGAGCGGAAACGGGAUGUAUGUUAGUAUUCACGGUGUUGGCACUGGGUUCAACGUCCCGCUCGCGUGCCUUAGUGCGAUCAAAGGCCGGCCGCACGCCCAGCAGCUCUGCACGGUGACACAAGCUACGUCGUUGUAUGCCUCUGCGCCUAACGUGCCGUAUCCCAUGGUGCAAACUGCUGCAAACGGCGAAUCCUACGUGCAGUUCUACUCUUUUCUCUCCCAGGCAAUCGGGCUUAUGGCCGACGUCGAUCUCGGCACGGAGGCAUUCCGGUGGAUCGGCGACUUGCGGUUCGCACUUGGGUACGUCGUCGGCGCCAUUCGGAACAGGCGGUGCGAUAUCGACGUGGACGUGGUUUUUGGGCGCGACGGCGGCCCUUUCACCGAGCCGUUCGAGGCGCCCAAAGGGGCAUUCGAUGCACAAGAGGGCGAGGCGCACACACUGCGCUACAACUCCAUCCUGGACCCCAUCCCGGAGCCAAAGCCGGUCUUGGACUGGCACGAGUGCACCACCAUGCCACGCGAACACGAAAUGGAGGUAUGGACACGGAUCAAGGCUGCAGUCUCGAGUCUGUAUUCGGGCAAGAUGCCGUACGUCGCGCGCUCGCUCAAGGCGUUCCCUUAUGCACACCCCGCCGACGGCUACUUGGAUGUGCUGAUCCAGACGCAAAACUCGAGCGUGGUGGAGAAGAUUAGCGCAACGGCGCACGGCGAACGGGGCAAGCAUAUACACGAUAACAACAUCUCCUAUUUUAAAGUGCGCGCUUUGCGCGUAACGCCGCACAGAGUCCACGACAAUGCUCAACACUACCUGAGUAUUGACGGCGAAAUGAUGCCCUACGGUCCGUUCCAGGUAGAAAUCUCUCCACUUUUCCUCCGUGUCUUGACACUCUCGGAUGGCGAAUGGCACGCGCCGAUUCACGGGCCCCAUGGCAAGGACAUAUAG